CCACCUCCACCUCUCUCAUCCUCCACAUCCCUUUCUCCUCCCUCCCUAUCUCCCUCCCUCUAAAAUAAUUAGCUAGGUUCCCCAUCUCUAUUGCUAGCAGGACCCAACACCUCCAUAUUUAAACUUUUAAGAUUUUGGACAAGGUGCAAAGCACUGCUAGCUGAUGGUAAUGACGAACAACAACCUCGUGUUCCCCGGCACUAUGACCGGGGUGGAGUGCACGCGCCGCGUCCCAGUCCCGCCGUCGCGGCCCUUCCUUGAGACCUUUCAUGCCAACCUCAAGGAGACCUUCUUUCCUGACGACCCCUUCCGGCAAUUCAAACAUGAGAGGGGUAUCCGUAGGCUUUUCCUCGGCCUGCAGUACUUCAUUCCGGUCCUCGAAUGGGUUCCGAGCUACUCAUUCAAUUUCUUCAAGUCAGAUCUUAUCGCCGGGAUCACCAUUGCUAGCCUUGCAAUACCUCAAGGGAUUAGCUAUGCCAAGCUCGCAAACCUGCCACCAGUUCUAGGCUUAUAUUCGAGCUUUGUGCCGCCACUGAUAUAUGCGAUGCUGGGGAGCUCACGCGAUCUGGCCGUGGGGACGGUGGCCGUGCCAUCGCUGCUGAUAGCGUCGAUGGUGGGAAAGGAGGUGUCGGCAUCACAGCACCCGGCGUUGUAUCUUCACUUGGCAUUCACCGUCACAUUCUUCGCCGGAGUCUUUCAGGCGACCUUGGGAUUGUUGAGGCUUGGUUUCAUAGUGGACUUCCUCUCACAUGCAACCAUAGUUGGCUUCAUGGGAGGAGCAGCUACAGUGGUGUGCCUCCAGCAGCUAAAGGGGAUGCUUGGCCUCCAACAUUUCACCACAGCCACCGACCUUGUCUCUGUCAUGGAAUCUAUCUUCACUCAAACGCACCAGUGGAGGUGGGAAAGCGUGGUUCUUGGAUGUAGCUUCCUCUUCUUCCUUCUGCUCACCAGAUUCUUGAGCAAGAGACGGCCCAAGUUCUUCUGGCUUUCUGCAGCGACCCCACUGAUAUCAGUGAUACUGGGGAGCCUUCUGGUGUACCUUACUCAAGCUGAAAACCAUGGAGUACAAGUGAUUGGUUACCUGAAGAAGGGCCUAAAUCCACCCUCAGUUACCACUUUGAUCUUUUCGCCGCCAUACAUGAUGCUAGCACUGAAGACCGGCAUAAUCACUGGCAUAAUUGUCCUAGCUGAAGGAAUCGCAGUUGGACGAAGUUUUGCCAUGUUCAAGAGCUACCACAUCGAUGGUAACAAAGAGAUGAUUGCUUUUGGGAUGAUGAAUAUCGUUGGAUCGCUAACAUCAUGCUACCUGACCACUGGACCAUUUUCACGAUCGGCUGUGAACUACAAUGCUGGUUGCAAGACAGCGAUGUCGAAUGUAGUCAUGGCAGCUGCUGUGAUGAUCACUCUAUUGUUUCUAACACCGUUGUUCCACUACACCCCUCUGGUGGUCCUCUCUGCCAUCAUCAUUGGAGCAAUGCUUGGACUUAUCGACUAUGAGGCAGCAGUCCACCUCUGGCAUGUCGACAAGAUCGACUUCUUUGUGUGUAUUGGUGCAUACUUCGGGGUUGUGCUCGGUAGUGUUGAGAUCGGAUUAGUCAUUGCAGUUGCAAUCUCCAUAUUUAGGGUUUUAUUGUUUGUGGCAAGGCCGAGAACAACCGUGCUUGGCAACAUUCCAAAUUCAAUGAUCUACCGACGAAUAGACCAAUAUCCGGUAGCCCAAAGUGUACCUGGAGUAAUUAUCCUCCAUAUUGAUGCUCCGAUCUACUUCGCUAAUGCUAGCUACUUAAGAGAGAGAAUCUCGCGAUGGAUUGAUGAGGAGGAAGACAAGCUUAAAUCGGUGGGGAAGACUGGCUUGCAGUAUGUAAUCUUGGACUUGGGUGCUGUGAGCAGUAUUGACACCAGUGGAAUUAGCAUGCUAGAUGAGGUCAAGAAAAGUGUGGAUAGAAGGGGGCUUCAGCUUGUGUUAGCAAAUCCUGGAAGUGAAGUAAUGAAGAAGCUAGAUAAAUCGGCAGUCCUUGAAGCCAUUGGCCAACAAUGGAUCUUCCUAACAGUAGGAGAUGCGGCCGCCGCAUGCAACUUCAUGCUCCACACAUGCAAGCCUGGGACUGGCACCGACGACGCCGUGGUUGGCGACAAUAUUGCCUAAGAAAUCAAGAAAUAGCUUCAAUGUGACAACAAAUGAGAGGAGAUGGAGACCGAGACACAUUUGUUCCUUUAAUUUGCACCUAAGUCUAAGCUGAAAGCUUCUGGUUUAGUGAAGGGAGGCUUUUCUUCUAAUCUCCUUGAGUCAAAAAUCUUAUUUUGUAAUAUGCUAGAGAAGUUAAUGAUGAAUUACUUCCUUUUUUGGGUUGGGAUCAAAUGCAACUCUUGCGGUUCACACGCUUACAA